CAAUUGACUCCAACUCAUUGAUCCGUCCUCGUCAUCCAUCAUGGCAUUCAUGCGAUAUCUGACAGUGGUACCACUCGCUGGCCUUGUGGUUGUUGCCCAUUUGGCCCUCCAGAAGCAAUUUGAACAGAAUGGUUUAUGGUCGCUGGAUAGCAUCAAAGUGUACAAGAAUCGAACCCUUCCCAACACCAAUCUUCCCAUCAAGCUACCUUCGACAGGUUCGGAAACUCUGGAUAACUACUUUGCCUUUAUGACUGCUUUCUUCUGGACAAGCUUCGACCCUCGCAAUGUGCGAGCUCAUCUUCAAGGUAAUCACCUACUUGGCACGCUCUCGAGUAUCUGGAUUAUUCAGCUUCUGGAGGCGCAUGGGACUAUGAGAACAGCAUCCGCAGGAAUGGUGUUCGCUACCUACUUUCUCGAGGUCAUGGGCGAGCUGUUGGGAAUCGGCUUGUUCACACCCAUCUGGUGCAUAGUGCAUCUCUUGCUGACUGCAGCACCUACCACGAAGGCCAAUGUCAAGGUCACCAAGCUUUCAGCAUCGAAGAGCAAUAUGAGAGCCCUGGGCUAUGCGUUACUAUUCGGCCAUGUAGUGCCCACUCUGUUGAUGUUGCAGCUUGAUGCCGACGGGGAUGGUCUAUCGUCGAAGCAGUUCUGGACGAUUGCCCGGCUUUUUCACCCCCUCUUCCUCUUGGGAACUCUACAAGUCUUUAAGCCUGUUUUUGGAGGUGCAUCGACUGUCAGUGAGCCGCCAGAGCGACUUCUCGCGACUAGACGUAAGCUCUAUCAAUUCAGCAUAUUGGCAUCUGGGUUCUUCCAUGUCACCUCGUUGGGUAUGCUGCUGGCAGAGCGAAUGUUCACGGGGUGGUUGAGGGAGGAUGUGGUGAGCAAUCUUCACAUUGGAACAAUGUUCAUUCCGGCUCCUUUCUGGACUGGAGAGAAGAUGACCUGGGAGACUGGUGUUGCUGUCUUCCUACAAUGGGACUACACUUGUUCGUCUGCUGCAAUCCUCCUCUGGGCUACCUCUCAAUACCUGGAGGCGAGUUCAUCAGUUGGCAAGAGCAAGGGAAUCAGCUUGUUGGAGACAACUGGUCAGGCUCUUCUUCACGCGGUUCUGGCCGGGCCAGCUGCAGCUGCGGCUUUCUUGUUGCAAGAGCGUGACACGACUCUCGCGGCUGGAUUUGUGGAGUCUAAAUAUGUGAAGCAACAGUAA